AUGGUUCUUGCCAGCUCUACCACCAGCACCUUCUCCACGCUGCUCCUGCUCCUGCUGCUCUUCCACUCUGGUCUCCAAGCUCCAACCAGCAUGUUGAAUUGCUCAUCUAUUGCCAAGGAGAUUAAGGAGAAGCUCCCAAAAUCUAAACUCAAUGAUACUGAUCAACGUGCCAAUCUGAUGAAUGUGACCUUGCGGAGAGUGAACCUAAACAAAUUCCUGGAAAGCCUAGAGAGCUUUGAUGCUAAGGACAAAAUCGAAAUCGGCAUCAAGUGCAAUCUUCAGAGACUUAAGUGUUGCCUGCCUGAACCUGUGAAAGGCUCUAAGCUGACAGGUGUCUCCAGUGAAAAUCUGAAAGACUUUCAGGAGAAACUGAGAUUCUACGUGAUCCAACUUUACAAUCUGCCACCAGUGCUAACCUCUAGACCACCUCAGCCCACAUCUGGCUGUGUCACUUCUAACCCUGGAACUGAGGAAUGUUAA